AAAAACAGAAAAAAAAAAAAAAAAGAGAAAGUUGCAAGUUGUAUAAAAAUAUAAAUUUAAUAAUAAAUAAAUACAAAAUGUCAAGAAUUUGUAGCAUUUGUUUAUCUGAAUCAUCAAAUCGUGCAACACCAUUGUACUCAAAACAUGGUAAUAUUUGGACUGAUACUGGUUUAUCAGAAAUGGUUAAAUCUUGUAAUGAUAUUAAAAUAAAAAAAGCAACAGAUACAUGUGCUUUACAUGUUAUUUGUAAUACAUGUAUUUAUAAAACGUGUUUAUCUUAUUUUAAAAAUGAUGACUCAAAAUUAUCAUCAUCAUCAUCAUCGUUGACAACUUCAAAAAUUGAGCCACUUUUAAAUAUUAUACCGUCAAAAAUUAACAAGAGGAAAGAAAAGGAACAAGAUUCAUGGCCAUCAGGAUCAAUUGAUAAUUCAAUAAAUAAAUAUAAUCGACAUGAAUUGUCAUCAGCUGUUUCACCAGACAGUACAAAUCAAAACAAUGAUUUUCCAAAUAAAAGAAAAUAUUAUCGUGAUCAAAAAUAUUAUGUACCACCAUCAUCAUCAUUACAAUUUAUUAAUAAAAAUAAUUUUAUUAAAAUUAAUGAUGAUUGUUUGGCAAAAAUAUUUAUGAAUCUUUCAAUUGAACAACGACUUGAUAUUGAAAGAGUUUGUCAAAAAUGGAAACAUGUUGCUAGAUCAUUAGCUUGGAGUGACAUACAAGCUAUUGAUACAAAUUCACAAAAAUUUUCACAUAUUUUUAAGCAUCAAAAUGAUGUUGAAAAAAUAAUAUUACGUUGUGGAUCUAAAUUGACAUUUUUAAAUAUCAAUAAAUUGUGUGAAUCAAGCAUAAUAUAUGUUAUCAAAAAAUAUUGUAUUAAUUUAAAAAAUUUAAUACUUCAUUUGGAUAAUUAUGAUGAACAAGAUUUUGUUAAUGCAUUUAAACAUAUGGCUAAUUUACAAUCAAUUGAAAUUAAAUUUAAAGAUUUAGUACCAAAAACAUUGCCAAUUAGUUCACCAAGACUUUUACAAAGUGUCAACAAGGAUAAUAUUGAAAAUAUUAUUGUUUCUUCAUUUUGGAUUGAUUCAAGCAGAACAAUUUAUUAUCCAGCUCCGUCAUUUGAAAAAUUUGGUAAUUUACGUUUCUUAAAAAUAACAGCUUGUUAUCUUGAUAAAGAUAGUCUUGAGGAUAUAUCAAAAUGUAAAAAAUUAAUUAAUUUGGAAUUAAUAAGAUGUAAAAUAAGUGAAAAUAAUUUAUUUAUAUCUCAACUUCCAAAUUUAAAAAGUUUACAAUUAAUACAAUCUGGUUGUAAUAUUGAUGAUUUUUUAAUUGAUUUACGUUAUGAAUCAAGAUAUUUGGAACAUCUUGACAUUGGUGGAACAACAAGUGUAUCAUCAAAAGCACUGAGUGUAUUGUCAAAAUUUAGAAGAUUAAAAUAUCUUGAUAUUGGACUUGUUAAAAAUGUCGAUGAUAAUUUAAUUAUUAAAAUAUCAAAUGAAUGUAAAAAUCUUAAAUAUCUUAAUAUACGUGAAUGUUGUGGAGUAUCAGAGACAGCUAUUAAAUAUCUCAUUAAAAAAUGUGAUUAUUUAGGUAAAAUUGAUGCAUCAAUGACUGGACAUAGUUUAGCAUUACUUGUUGCAACUGCUAAAAUUAUUAAAAAAAGAAAAACAAAUAAUACAUUAAAAUUUGUCAGUCGAUCAUCACUAAUAACACGUUUUUAUCGUCUUAAAAAUGCUGCUUCAUUUUUAUCACCAAUUUUGGAAUUUAGUCAUCAUCCAGAUGAUGAAGAAUGGGGUUAUGAUUAUAAUUAUGAUUAUCAAGAUGAAUAUGAUUCAAAUGAUUCUGAUGAUUCUAAUGGUCAUUCUAAUGAUGACUAAAUUUAUUAUUAUUUUCAUAUAUUAUUAUUUAAUACAUUCAAGUUUUUCGCGCGCUUUAUUAAAAUAAAAAAACAAAAAUGGAAGUAUG